GUCCCUGGCCUUCCGCCGAGAGGGGAGGAGUCGGGGGCGGAGCGGGAGGAGUGGCGCGGCCCCCGCGUGGGUCCUGCCGGAGAUCACCUCGGCCCCUUGGCGAGGAAGCCAAGCUGCGGCGGCGCAGGAGGGGGCGGGUUCGGCGAGGGCGCGGCCUCUGGGAGGGGGGCGCACGACGCACAUCCCCCGCGCUCGCCGGGGCCACUAGGGAGCCUCGCGGCAGUCCGGUGCCCCACUUGGCAAUCCGCUCCGCGCUGCUUCCUCGCGCCCGCCUCCUCUUGUCACCUCCCGUCUCAGCCUCCUCGCUCCAUCCCGGCUGUAUCCACCGCCAUCCGAGUGCCUCAAAGAGCGAGAGGUGGUGCGCGGGACUGCAAGGCGCGUCCUCCAGCAGACCCCGGCUCGGCCUUGGUGGGGGCACGGGCGGCAGCAUGGACACCAAACGCUGCUUUGCCAAUCGCUUCGAUGACUACCAGGGCAGCCUGCUGGCGGGCCAGUGCGAGGAGGCGGUGGCGCCCUUGGUCACCGCCACCAUCGAGCGCAUCCUCCAGGAGCUGCCCCCACUCGGGGGCGGCCCGGAGGGCCGGGGGGCGGCAGCCGCGGCCAGCAGCUGCCAGUGGGGACUGUACGGCGGCGUGGCCGGGGUGGCCUACAUGCUCUACCACGUCUCUCAGAGCCCGCUCUUUGCCGGGGCUCGGGAGCGCUACCUGCGCUUGGCCAAGCGCCUCAUCGACGCGUGCGCCCGCGCUGAGGAGUGGGGCGAGCCGGACGCCGACACCCGCGCCGCCUUCCUGCUCGGGGGCGCGGGCGUGUACGCCGUGGCCACGCUCGUGUACCACGCCCUGGGCCGGCCCGACUACGUGCAGCCGCUGGGCAAGUUCCGGGCUCUGUGCGCCGUCUGCGCGCCCGUCUCCUUCCUCGAGUGCGGCUCAGACGAGCUAUUCGUGGGCCGCGCGGGCUACUUGUGCGCCGCGCUAGUGCUCAAGCAGAAACUCGCCCAAGAGGUGCUGACCCCAGCCCAGAUCAAAUCAAUUUGUCAGGCCAUCCUGGACUCUGGGAAACAGUAUGCCAUGAAAAAGAGGAAGCCAUUCCCGCUGAUGUAUUCUUACUAUGGAACCGAAUACUUGGGAGCAGCUCAUGGCCUAUCGUCCAUCCUCCAGAUGCUUCUUUCUUACCAUGAGCACCUCAAGCCCUCGGACCAGGAGCUGGUGUGGCAGAGCGUGGACUUCCUUAUGGAGCAGGAACAGAACUGCAACUGGCCCCCUGAGCUCGGCGAGGCCAUCGAGAGGGAGAAUGAACUGGUGCAUUGGUGCCACGGCGCCCCAGGAAUUGCCUAUCUGUUUGCCAAAGCUUAUCUGGUUUCCAAGAAACCACAGUACCUGGACACAUGUAUCCGGUGUGGGGAACUCACAUGGCAGAAGGGCUUGCUAAAGAAGGGCCCAGGGAUCUGCCACGGGGUGGCUGGCAGUGCCUAUGUCUUCCUGCUGCUCUACCGGCUCACCGGAAACUCUAAAUACAUCUACCGAGCCCAAAGGUUUGCUGAAUUUUUAUUUACGGAGGAAUUCAAGGCUGGUUCCCGGGUCCUUGAAAGUAUAUACAGCUUGUAUGAAGGCUUCUCUGGGACCGUGUGCUUUCUGAUCGAUCUGCUGCAGCCCAACCAGGCUGAGUUCCCUCUCUUCAGCGUCUUUGUUUAGAAGGCUCCAUGUCCCAUCAUGGCCCUGCAGAAGGUUCCCGAGAUUUCCUGAGCCUACUACCUGAGGCAGUUUCCACAUAAGCCACAUUCAAUGGUAUCACAACCAUGAGCCUUAACAUUGCUGCCAGAAGGAAGGAAGGGAGCAGGCAGGUGAAGAAGGCAACAUGAUUCCAGGUUGAAGGGAGAACAGUGUGAGAACGUGCAAACAUAAAGACACCACAACUCUUCUGAAACCCCUAGAGAUGGAACAGUUCAGGGAAUGGAUGUGACACCAAAGAUCAGAGGAAAAAGGGAAGGAAAAAUCAUCUGUCUCACUUAAACCAACAUUGAGAUGUGGAUUAUGGCAAUGAAAUGGCAAAAAUAUUUUUGCAAUUGGAAAGAGAAUUUGACCACUUGUGGGUGCCCUCCACCCCUAAAUUCAGAAAUAAAGACCAUCAGAAAACUAAAGUCAUUGCCCAGCUGAAAACUGCUAGGAGGGAUGGGUCAGGUUGCCAAAGGACAAAAAGGGAAACUCUUGGUUGUCCUUUGCCUUUACUUACUGAAAUUCAUGAUUUUUAAUGAAUGGAGAAAUUUGCCUAUGAAUCUAUUUUUAUCAUUACCCUGGGCACUUUAAAGAAAUCAUACCAUAACUUAGCUUCAACCCCCAAAUUCCAAGUUCCCUUAGGUCUUAGAGCAUAUCUUUUCCUGGUUCCUUCUUCUUUCCAAAAGCUCAAUUAGAAUAACAAAAUUCACAGGCUAGCAAAUACCAUAGCAGGUGUUGCUGUCAAGUGUUUUUCUCAAUUUGAAGCAUAAGCUAUGUUCUGUCUAUUGUUAGUAAUUUUUUAAAUGCCUAUGUAAUCUCAAUGAAGCUAUUAGCGGAACUGUAAAAUACACUUGUGGCAAAAAUCUCUCAUCUCAAAGAUGAGGGUAAACACCAAGGAGGUGGGUCGUUUCUGCCUUGGGUGGAAUACUGUGUGCCCUGGGACACACACUGGCCUAGAAAGGGACCAGUGAUUAUGAAAAGAGCAUUGCUCAAUUUUAUACUAUUAGAUUAAGAUAUGCGUGAAUUCCCCAGCUGAUCAUCAUAUCCUCCAAGACACAGGCUCCACUAGAAUUUGUCUACAAUAUCCAUUGAGCCAAGCUGUCAUAUUAAAUUCAGCCCUGCUGUAAACACAUAGAAGCUGUAAAACUAUUUCAAAUAAGUAGUGGUUUCCAGAACACUGUGGGAACAUCUGUCACUUCAAUACUCAGAACACGAGUCUAUCCGUUUCCUAGAAUUUGGUCACUGGCAAUUUCAUAUAUCAGAAUGAGGAGGAAAUUGAAUGCAUUUUAAGAUUUCACAGUUAUUUAAAUAGUCAUUAAGUAUUUGGAUAUACGUGAUAAAUAUAGAAUAUAUACGUAUCAAUAGGCACUUUGGUUUACAGGGGAAUAGAUGUAUAUAUACAUCCGGAGAAGGAAAUGGCAACCCACUCCGGUAUUCUUGCCUGGGAAAUUCCAUGGACAGAGGAGCCUGGCGGUCUCCAGUCUAUAGGGUUGCAAAGAGUCAGACAUGAUUGAGUGACUGAACAACGACAAUACAUCUGUCCCCAUGUAAAUUUAAGCACUUACUUUGUUCAGUACUUCCAACUUCUUGAUUUAUAGAUGAACUUUGGGAGGAGUUGGGGAAUAUUCUGUUGCCUAAAAAUGUGUGUGUGUGUGCACAUGCACAUACUUUUUUCUGGAAAGAAGAUCUCUAGCAUUUAUAAGAUUCUCAAAGAAUCUGGGACUGAAGAAUGGUAAGAACUGUCUUUGUAUAUUUUAUGACUUUGUUAUGUGUGUGUUCAUCAGAGCAAGCUAAGACAAAGUGGUUUUGAAAAGCACAUACCUUUUCAGCUCAUUGUUUCCUUUUCCCAUCCUCACAUGUAAGUAUAUAAAAUUGCCCUCAGUUGUUCAUCUUUGAAGAUACUCAGAUUGGGGCAGUACCACAUAAAUAGCAGCUUGCAGGUGACCUCCAAAGUUGGGUUCUAGAUGUUCUUUCAAGAAUUGAAUGGUCAAGGACCUCUCAGAAAGUCUUAGGACAAAAUGCCUUCUACACAGUAGUCUCCUUUUGGAGUGAUAGUGGUACCUGCUUUUCACCAUUUGGAUGUAAAUUCAUUUCAUUUGACCCCUAUAGGCUAACAAUAAUAAGCAUGCAAUAUACAGGGCUUUAGUAGUGCGUGCUUUUUUUCAUCAUCCAGCAACCCUUCGAGGUGAUUUACAUAACUGAUUCAAAGUCUCACAGUUAGAAAGGGGCAGAAUAAGAAUUUGGAUUCAGGGUUUCACUUCCCAUGUGUAUUUAUUCCAUAUUCUAGACUUGAACAUGGGGAUACAGUGGUGAACAAAAUACCCUAGAAGUUAGCUUCUGUUUCUGUUUGCUGAUCCUUCCACCCUUCAUCCUUAAGACCUAAAACCUGAGGUCUAAGAAGUGGUAAUCUAGCUCGACAUGCCAGAUUCAUUUCUAGGAACUUCAGAAAAACUGGACACAUUUCUGCUUACCCACCCUUUGGAGGUCCAGUAGGGUAACUGUGUUGUCAUUGUGAAAAGGCAACAUUUUUGUGUAUCAAAUCCAAGAAGAGGCCAUGUUUGUGUCUUUAUGAAUUGACACCUCAGUAAAUUAGAGACAAAGAUAAACUUAUUUAGCACUUAAACUUGUGGAAAGUUUUCAUUUUCCUGAGAAAGUAGAAUUAAGGGUUUGGGAAGGUCCUCUUCUAUCUUGUUUUCCCAAGGAGGAAAGAGACACUUUAGUGUUGCUGUAGAAAAGUGUGGCAUGUCACUUCUUAUUUAACUAACCAAUGUGUUCCCGUCUAUGUAGUAACAGUCUUUUUUGAAUAAUGCUAAAGUGUGUCACCUCUUGAAGGCUACAGGGGUAUUUUCACCACCACUAGCAUUACUUUAAUAUUAUUUACUAUAUGUGGGCAUGAACAAUUAUAAAUCUUGAAGGUAACUGUGGAAAUAUUUAAGGAUAGAUUAAAAGAAUCUCGCAACAAUGGGAGAGACUGCCUUAUACUGGGUUGGCCACAAAGUUCGUUUGGGUUUUUUAACUUUUUGGCCAACCCAAUACUUGGCAAACAGGAAGCAUCAGAAAAUAUUUCAACUCUCUGUGUUUUGUUUCAUUAACACAAUUAUGUACCUUCUCUUUCACACCUCCCCAAUGUAUUUUUAUUUUGCCUAAUCACAUUUUAGUCAUCAAAUUUUACUUUUUCUUUCCAUUUGUAACUUGGUAACGGAGAGCAGAGGUUUGACAGCAUAUAUUCCACCGUGCUUUAGGUAAUUGACUAUGCUAUUAAGAUAAUAGUAUUUACUUUCUGAUAACUCAAGAAACAGUCAUUUUCUUAGCCCAUCCUACAUUUGAACUUUUCCUUGGCAAUUUGGAUCUUUAACUUUCUUUUGACACAUUUAAGAUUUUAAUCAAGAUUGUGCUCAAAUUGUUCAGCUUCUGUAGAGAGCAAAUCUCAAAAAUUUUAGUGCAACAAAUAUGUUUGUGAUUUAUUACCAUUUAAGGGAACAAUAAUUAAAAGAAAAAAAAUUAGUAAUGCAAAGAGCCCUAUUUUGGAAAUUUCAAACUCUUGCUCCAUGGGCCACUGUAAUCAUCACCGUCAUCCUUUCCACCUCACAGGGUGGUCAAUGAUAAAAUGGAUAUAAGAGAGUUUUAUGGACUUCCCCGGUAGUUCAGCAGUAAGGAAUCUGCCUGCAAUGCAGAAGACGCAGAUUUGAUCCCUGGGUUGAGAAGAUACCCUGGAGGAGGACAUGGCAACCCAUUCUAGCAUUCUUGCCAGGAGAAUCCCAUGGACCGAGGAAUCUGGUGGUCUAUAGUUCAUGGGGUUAGAAAGAGUUGGACAUGACUGAAGUGACUGAGCACGCAUGCAAGAGAGUUUUAUAAUAGGCAGGUCCUUUAUAUGUUUAAAAUGGAAGCUAUAUUUUAAGUACCUACUAAGAGCAUAGAAAAUCAUGCUCAAUUAUGACUUCAAGUGAGCACUUCGGCCAAAUGGAAUCUCCUUGUGAUGCAGUGCUCAGAGUCUGGAUCACUUGCUGGGUAAAAACAAAGUAUGUUUUUUAUAUUCUAGAACCAGUCCUGUCAAUAGUAUUUGUGCCUCAGAAAGUUCUGAUUCACUGGGCUGAGUACGUAGGAAUAGGCUGGUUCAGAGGGAGCUCCUUUUAAUGCAAAUAUUUAUUUUGCUCUCUGGAAACAAAGGAUUACAGUGCCAGUAACUCAAGAAAAGGAGCUACCGGUUAGGUCUGCAGAGCAAACAUGAACUGGGGGUAAGGUAAUUUGGAGUUGAGUCUGGUUUGCACUUUAAUUCAGGCCUCAGUAUUGCAUGACAUAGAGCGAUAGAAAUAUACUCUCAUGGCAUAGAAGGCCUUCCUUUAGGGGCCUGGGUUAUUUAUUCAGCGCUAUCCUAAAUCAAGAGCAAAAUGACUAAGCCUCAUAUUCACCAAGGCUGGGUGAUUAUGGCAUAAACUUGGCAAGGAAAGCCAAUGAGAAGGCAGGCAAAGAUUGGGUGGGAGAAAGCUUAGCAUCUCAGUGUGAGUUGUGGAGGCACGUUUAGUGCUGCUAAAAACCAGUCAUCUUACUCAUGGGUUUUAUUGCUUCCUGGGACCUCUAAUCCCAUACCACCCCGAUCCAGCAACUUCUUGUCCUCCUUCUCUUUAAAUAGUACAUUCUGAUGUGUUGGUUCUUUUUUUUUUUUUUUUUUUUUUUUUCUGUGUCUGCUUAAUCAUGUGACCUCCUUUCGCCUGAGAGGGCAGCUUUUUCCUUAUCUCUUCCAUCCAUGUCAGUUGGUAGCUAAGAGCUCCAGGCCCAGGAAGGCUGGAGUCCCCUCUGGAUGGAAGGGCUGACCUCAAGGUCAGCAGCAGGAGUUGGGCCCAUUCUGCAGUCUGAGAUAGCCCACCCCAGGUACAGCUGUUCAUGGGAGGAGAAGGGUGACUGCGUUUAUCCUGCCUCUUCUCCAUAAAGAAACCUGGUCAUUUUAUUUGUACUGCUCUGGGAAAAAACAACAACAAAGUUCAUGCUACAUUAAACAUCUGGGCCUCCCACAUGAUCAUAAAUCUCAUACUAGGGGUGCCCUCUCUCUCCUUGUUUCUUUAAUUACAAGUGUUAGUGAACUGAAACCUGAUGGAUGAUGCCUUUGGGGUGGAAGAUAUACUUGUUUGUAUUUUCUUUAAAGUCCUGAACCUUGUCAUUUGCACAUGGACUUCUCCACAAAUGCCCAAGUCCCUUAUCUGCAGAACUUUCUGCACCUUCUUUGGCCUUUGUGUGUACCUAUUACCCCUCUGAACUGAAUUUGAAAAAAAAAUCCUUUAAAAUGAAAACUAAAUCAUCCAUGUUUUUAUUCUUUGUGGGGAGGGGUGGUGGUGGUGAAUAGCACGGUUUAAAAAGCAGAUGGCCCUUUCUUUUCUUGCCUUUCUUCUCCAUGUAGAAUAUUCAGGAAGGAGAGAGAGAAAGGGAGAAAAGAUACACGAGGCUUGACUGUCACACUCUUUAAAAACACAGUUUUCAAGGACUUCCUGUUUGUUUCCUGUUUGGCUUUUCUUAGUCUGUGUAGAAAAUAGUUUGUGUGUGUGUCUGUCUGUGUUGUGUGUGUGUAUGUAAGAGAGCGAGAGACUGACUUAGAAUGAAAAUCACAUAUGAAAUAAAACCCAACAUUUAGCUCUUAGAUGUAUCUGAGUGAACAGAUAUAUGUAAGCAUAAACUGAUUAAUGAGUGGCUCUUCAUUGUGUGUUAACUGCUCUCUAAUCAAUUAGCACAUAAUUAACGAGGGCCCUAGUUAUAUUUGAGUGUCUAUCUUAAGCAUCACUUUGAUACAACAUCUGCUGCCGGGUUAAAGGCGUUAGUAGCCAUCUCGUAGAUGAGAACACAUGUGAGUUUCACAAACAGAGCCGCUAGUGUGAGCCACAUAUGUAGUUUUAAAAUUUUCUAGUAGCUCCAUUAAAAAUGCAAAAGAAAGGGUGAAAUUAAUUUUAAUGGUGUAGUUGAUUCAACUCAGCCUACCCAAAAUAUUAUCAUUUCAACAUGUAAUCAAUAUAGUUAUUAAUGAGAUACUUAACAUUUGGGGGUAUUAACUUUUAAAAACCUAGUGUGUGUUGGACACUUACUGUACACCUCAAAUCAGACUGGCCACAUUUCAAGUGCUCAAGAGCCACAUGUGGGUUGGCUGUUGCAUUGGACAGUAGGGUUAGCAUCCCACUGCUGUCCCUCAGGAUUGAGAAGGUCCUCCUAGACCGCUUGUGUGUUUUUGUUGUUAUAAGAGAAAAUGGAAACCAAACACUACAUGUUACUUGAGUACUGCAGGGUUUCCCUGUGUGCAAGACACUAGGACCAAGAGCUGCCCUGUAAAAAAAUAGAUUCGGUGAUGAAAUAAAUUAGGGAAGUUCUAUUCUUUUAUCCCCUUUUUGGAGAUUACCAUGGUAUGCUAACAUGUCUGAAAAAACUCUUCUGGAUAAAGAAACCGGUGUGCAGCUGUUGAGUUCUGUGUUUAUAAGGUUCCACCUCUGGAUGGUGGUGGUUACCCAGCUACCACUAUAAAAACAUGGUUAGUCUGGCAUCAUACAUUUAUGGUAUGCUUAUAAUAUUUAUUUUUCUGUGGAGGUGUUUUAACAUCCCUCCCCCUCCCCACAUCACAUUAAAGAUACCAGAACAAUGUCCUUGAGUAUUAAUCCCUACUAAUUAUCUUACCCUCACAAAGAUGUAAGGUCAUUCUUUAGUACACUUCUGGGAAAAAGAAUUCUGGAAAUUGCCACAAGGUCUCUGAAUGAGAAAAACUUUGUGUCUUCCCUUCCUUCUCCAUUCUCUUUGGAGCCUAUCUCUACUUAUUCUUUGUAUUCAGAAUCACCCAAGAGCUAAGAUAUGUCUUCUUGUUCUAGAACCACCUCCUAAUUUGAAACCAGCAGAUGGCUGUAAUGUCUUGCACGUGGACACAGAUCUUCAGAAAGUACCCCAAUACAUACCUUCCUCUCAUUUUUUCAGAAAUGAUGAGCUCUACCAAGAUGAGGGGAGAAACAUCAGAAUGUGUAUAUGUGUAAACAUAGAAUACAGUUUCAUAAGUAGAGUAAUACUGUUUCUGCUAAUACUUUCUUUAAAAAUAUUUUGUGUGUGGUGUUCAUUUACUUGCUUUAGUGUGUGCUGUUAUCGUAAAGUGCGUGAAGUAGUUGUGACUUAGCGAUCAGUUUGAAGAAGAUAUACACUAUACUUGACAACUGUCAACCUUCAGCAAGUGAUCUUUUUGCCUUUGUUUGAGUGGGAAGUCUGAUGCUGCCCCUAUAAGUUUUGUUUUACGAUCUGUGCUUAAGUGGCAAUUACCAAUUAAAUAACUUCUGCUGCUUAAUUUGGUCCAAGUUGACUGUAGUAACCCUUCUAUAUGGAUGUAUUUAAAUAAGGUUAAAUGAUCCGUUUUGCUUCUUUUUUUUUUUAGGACUUUAGUAUUUCAAUAUUAGAGAUGUCUUCUGAAGACUCUAGUAGCAGUAGAAUCCCUUUGCUCUUGAAAAUGAAGAUUAUAUACCAUGAGGUUUUAUAUAGACUUUCCAGAUGUAGGAGGGGGACAUUCUAAGUGCAAAAGUUUGGUUUUAGAAUCUGAUUCGGAAGAGCAGUCCAUUCUCUAAAAGGGUAACAGCCUUCCCAAUUUUGAACAUGCGUGGGAGCUCUACUUGGAAAGGAAGUCUGAAUUAGUCUCAUGGAUUUAAUGGCGCUAAAUUAACAUUUUUCAAAUGGAUUUUGUAGUAGAAUCCAAUUAUUAGAGGAAGUCACUUGGUUGCAAAGCCAUAUACUAGAGAAUAGUCAAACACCACGUGCUAGUUUUGGAAUGUGCAUUUCCCAAGUGAAUAGAAUUUACUUCACCAAAAAGAUUUUACACAAUUCAUGAUACUUAGAGAAAUAUGAUUGUAUCAUUGGAGAAAAAAGCUCACCUCUGUAAAUGCUACAUUUCACAUUCACUAGUAAACCAGUGUAAUUCCUUAAUUAUUUGGGGGGAUACAAAAGAAUAAUCUGUCAAUAGAAUAGAACUGCUUAUUCCUAACUGUAUUUAGGAAUGAAUACAUACUAUAAUUCAAGAGACUUGGGUUCAAUCCCUGGGUAGGGAAGAUCCCCUAGAGGGGAGCAUGGCAACCCACUCCAGUAUUUUUGCCUGGAGAAUCCCAUGGAAAGAGGAGCCUGGUGGGCUACAGUCCAUGGGGUUGCAAAGAGUCAGACAUAACUGAAGCGAUUUCGCAUGCAUGCAUGACUUAAGGUAUUACUGAAUUUUGAAGAACUGCUCAAUAAAUUAGUAGUAUUAAUAAAAUUGUACUCUUUUUAUAAUGCAUUUGCCUCAGCACACAUGCAGAGUUAAAAACAUAAAUUUAUUUUAAAAUACACCAAAUAACACAGAUUAGUUAUUAUGACUUUAAAAGCCUAAUUUCCAAUAGCAUUAAAUCCAACACCAGUUAUAUGUUGUAUAUAACUAAAAUUUAGAAAGCCUUGCACACAAAAUGAGAGACUUAUUUAAAAAUGCCUUUUUUUUUCUUUUUGCCAAAAAAGGUUCUACAACCCAUUGCUAAUUAUUAUAUUCCUUUAGGGGUACUUUGAGGCGCUUUCAAAGACAUAUUUGUAGCAGUUACAUCUAAAUUUAGAGCAGAACAUUGUGUCAGAUAUUUUGCUAUAUCACAAAAUGUUGUAGUACUGUAUUUUAUAAUAAAACCAAGUUCUCAAGUAUUCUGGUAUAUUACAUAUUAUUAUGCCAAAAAAACCACUUUCUAGAAGUCUGUUAUUGUGUACUUAAUAUUUCAAGAAAAUAAUGGGUAUUUCAGUCAGAGCAAGAAAGUAUAAUGCAAUACAUGACAUUCGAUUGAUCUUUAGUCACAAUCCAUUUAGGUAUUUGACAGAGAAACUAGCAAUCACAAGCUCGAAUGCAUACAUUAUUCUCAAGGACAAAAUGGCAAACACUUAAUACACAAAGACAUGGUCACUGGGGCAAGUUAGCUGGUGCCUGGCUGAACAGGAUCAACUUGCCAAUCAAUGCUCAUCGGAUUUUAGCUUUUGUUCUUGGUUGUUCCUGGCGGGGGAAGUGCUACAGGUCAGUUUAUGUCGCCUCCCCUUCGCGUGGGGGAUUUGCUUACAGCCAGUGCAUGGUAUAAUGAAUUCUCUGGAAGCAGGGUUGAGUCAGAAGCUUAGAGAUGCACCUUACUGUCUUUAAAACUGCUGUUAUACAAUGUUCUGAACACUGUGAUCUUUCCAAAUGUAUUUUCUGUAUUAGUUUUGUACUGUUAGAAAAUAAUAUGCCAUAAACUGGACUCUAUAGUGUUUAAAGCAAUGUUAUUUAUUGGCUUAUAACCCCCUGCCUGUUUAUGUACAGUCUAGUUGAUAUAAAACCUGUGAUAAUCCUUUGCCUUAAAAAUAAAAUCUAAUGCUAAAUAUUGAGUGUGCUCUAACAUAAUUUUAAGCUACAAGUUAAUUUUUCCUUUAAAAGUUAAGAUGGUGUCAAAUAAAAUAUCAAAUGAAUACUU